AUUGACACGUGUGUUGAGGUUAACUUUUAGUUUUCCUCUUUUUUAUAUAUAGGAUUAUAUCUGGCAUCCUUAAUAUAUAAACUUGUGGAAAAAUUAAAAUAUAGUAUACGGCCAGAAGAUCAUUACAGUAUUACUUGUUUAAAAACGUAUUUCAUACUGAAUAACAGUUCAAAAUUCUCUAUUUAUCUAACUACUAAACAUAUCCAUGGGAUUAGUCACAAAGUACAAGAUAUGUUUAUAGUCGAACAGGUUUUAUAUGUGUGAAAAACGAAACUGAAUAGCUUGUAAAUUUUAGGCCACCACUUUGCGAAAUAGAGCAGCAGCUACAUAACCUAAAUUUUAUUUUGUAUUUUUCAGAAGAUAAUACUGAAACAUAAAUAUAAUAUUAGUAAUUAUUGAAUUUAUGAAUAUGGAAGCUUUUGAAAUAGGAUCUUGUUUCAGAAGUUACAAUGAAUUAAUGGAAAAAUUAAACGAAUAUUGUGAAGCUACCAACACAAAAUUUACCACAAAAGACUCGAGAUUAAUAACAAACGAAUUUGCAACAGCUAAAGAAAGUUUUGUUUAUUCAGAACUAAAACUUAUAUGUGUUUAUGGUCGUACAACAAAAUUGAAAGAGCAAAAUCGGAAAAGAAAAAUGAGAACAAUCAGAAUUCCAAAAACUGAAUGUCCAGCGUACUUCAGAAUAAAAUUAUUAAACUCCGGUGUAGCACUACAAAUUGUGGCUAUGAAUACUAAACAUAAUCAUGUUUGUGAGAAAAUUGAGGAACCAGAAAUUAUAAAAAAGAAAAAGAAGUUGAAAAGAGAAAUUAAAAGUGAAGAAGAAGAAGAUGACGAUGAUGAUGAGGGUAUAAACACUGAAGCUAUGGAGGCAUCUGAAUUUAUAGAAGUUUAUAUAGAUCCAGAUGAUAAUUCUCAACCUGAAAGGAAAGUCAAAUUGUCUUUUAAAGGAUUAUGUGUACCUGUUUUUAACAUGUUUCGGGAUGAUUUAUCACUCAAAGUAGGAUCUAUUGCUGAAUAUGCGGAAUAUCUGUCUGGUUGUGGAAUAAAAGGUGUAAUAGUAAAUGGUUGUGCAGGUGAGGGAAUGUCAAUGACAGUUACUGAAAGAAAAUUAGUAGCUGAAGAAUGGAUAAGUGCUACUAGAUCUCGAAAUAUGCACGUUAUGGUUCAAAUAAGUGCUUGUCCUUUACCCGAUGUCCAGGAAUUGACUAAACAUGCUGAAAUGAUAGGAGCUGACUCGAUUCUUUGUAUACCCGAAUUAUAUUAUAGACCCUCUUGCAACGAUGAACUUGCGGAUUAUUUGAAAAUUAUCAGUGAUAUCGCCCCUAAAACUCCGCUCAUUUACAGUCAUAAUCCGGAAAUGACAGCAGUUGAUUUAAAUAUGAUAGACUUCAUAACUAAUUAUGCCGAAAGUAUUCCGACUUUCUGUGGUAUCGAGUUCGUAUCAAAUGAUGUAAAUGAUGCUGUAGCAGUAUUAAAAGCAAGCAAUGGAAAGUACAAAAUUUUUUUUGGGACUGAUUCGGACUUAUCAGUAGCUAUAUCCAACGGUUUUGAUGCUGCAAUAACACCAACGGGUAAUUUGUACCCGAAUUUGGUUACAAGUAUUAUGAAGUCUUCGAAACAUUCAAAAUCAAGUGAAGCAAGAAGAUUACAAAAAGAAUUGAUUUUUAAUUUAACAUCCAUUCUAGAAUAUGGUUUUUGGGUAUCAUCAAUGAAAGUGGCCAUGAAUUUUUUGGCUCCUUUUAAUGUAGGUAUAUGCAGACCACCAUUACGAAACCUUUCUAAAGAAGAUGUAAAUUCGAUUAAAGAAAAAUUCAUCACAGCGAUUAGCUAGCUUAAAGUUAACGGUAUACUUUUAGAUACAUAAUCAGUUUCGUUAGUCACUCAAAUAUUUUUGAAACAUUUCAUCCAGUAAACAAAACAGUAUUGGUUGAUAUGACAAUAUACAUUCAGAGCUCAUUGAUAAAAGAGACAUGUAGUCAUACACUACAUUAACUAACAAUCACAAUUACACUGUCUGACGUAUGUUGUAAUAACUAAAGAUAUUGUCUUCAGGAACAGAAGUUUACCUUUGAUUUUUAAAGAUGAUAAUUUGAAACGCACGACGGAUAUGUAAUUGUGAAUGUUGCAGACAUUCCAACUGAUAUGUAGUCAGGUAGAAUCAAACAUUUUUGUGAAAUACAUUAAUUGAUUCAGUAUGAAACUGAAAAUCGGUGGCUUUUGGAUUGGCGAAUCAAACCAUUUUGUUCAUACCAAUUCCGUCUUUUGGCAAAUUGUGUCUUUCUUUUGAUACUCAAAAUUGUAUAUAUAUGUAUAUAUAUAAUCUAUAGUAUUUUUUUUGUAAUGGCUUUGUAUCAAAACUUUGGUCGAACAUGUAACCUACAGCGAUUAUACUAUUAUUUAUAUAGACAAGGUGUCAGAAUAUAGAAUAAUUUAACCACAAUAACAGUUUAAGGUUAAAAGGCUGCUCCAGAAAAACUUUAUUGCAAAAUUGACACGAAAAAAGGCGACGGCAAAUAAUAAAUUUUUAAAUGUAUAUAAUCUUUAGGUUUAUUUUCCACAUUUAACUUUUAGCAACGAAGCAAAUUCAACAUUUUAAGGUUUUAACGGUUCAAGAAUUACAUGCAUUCUCAAACAUUUAAAAAUUUUAUGCAGACUGAACUUCUUGGGACAUGGAUGCUAUCAAAUGGAUACAGGAACAACGUUUCACUUCCCCAUGAGUCAACCGUGUGUUAGUCGUUGUAUAUUGAAGGUCUAUAAUGCUAUGAAUAACGUCUUAUUAAAUAGGUGGGUAAGAUUUCCAACAGCACCAGGGACUAUUAAUAGAAAUAUUCAAAUGAUUUAACAGUAUGGAUUUCCAGAAGUGAUUAUGAGCAUUGACUGCACUCAUAUAGUCAUUAUUUCACCACCAAACCAUCAUCUAUUAUAUCCCAUAGGUCCAUAUUACAACAGAAAUAUUCAGAUAAUUGUAAAUGCUCACUUAAAAAUAAUCAAUAUUAAAAUCUAGAUAUCCUGGAUCGGUACACGAUUCACCAAUGUGGCAAAUAUCAAGCAUAAAUUUACAUUUAGAACAAGUAUAUUUGCAAUAUAAUAUAAUUGGAGAUGAAGGGUAUCUCUCGUCACCUUGGUUAUGAACACAAUAUCCAGGACAACUUCCUCAUGAAGAAAGGUUUAAUACACAUUUAAGACGAGUCGGAGUUACCAUAGAACAUGUAAAUGGAAUUCUAAAAGGUAGAUUUAGAUGUUUAUUAAAACAUUGAACACUCCCAUAAAAGCUGGCAAAUUGGUUAACUCUUGUACUCUUUACACAAUAUGGCAUUGCAUUUCAAUGAUGUUCUUCCUGAUGAAGUGAUUCAAGUACUCACCUUUGUGAUAACUAUAUCAUAAGACAAAAGGUUCCAAUAUUGUAUAUGUUGUUAGUCAAUGAAAAAGUCGGGUUUACUAACAGUUAUAUAAAUGAUAAAAAUAUUUUGUAUUUAACGCGUUUGUCAAAUUAAAUGUAUAUUAGCGAAGUUACUUCUGAAUAGCGUCACUAACUUAUGAUAAAAUAUGUUAUGAGAUAAUUUUUAUGAUAUAGGUCUUGACUUGUAAAAUCAGUAGCUUAGAAGACACUGAGAUUACUAACUGAGGGUUUUUGAGGUAAAACAGUUUAAUAUGGGGAAAGAGUGUCUCUUUGGGGCAAAAACGAUAUGGGAGUAGGUGAAACAGUAGCAGAUGUUGUGCUGCUAUUUGUAGAAAUUUUCGAAUUGCAAAAAACAACCUAAGCUAGGAUAAAUGAAACUUUAAUGUCAAUAAUAAGAUUAGAUUCCUCUGAAGUACUACAACUUGUAUAAAGGUUUUAUGGCAGGAACAUAACUAUUUUUGCCUCAUUAUUCCCCCAGCUACUUUUUUACCCUCAGUAGUUAAAUUUAUCCCUUCGAGUGUUACCAAUUUCCCUAGUUACAUCAUGAUCGAUCGAUGGUACUACAAUACAGCUGUUUAGGUUGUAUUUUGUAAUGAAUCAUUUUUUAUUUUUGAAUCUUAUUUACUUUUUUGUGAGAUGCAAUUUAAAAAUAGUUGAUUAAAUAUUUUUAAAAGACUGAA